CAGCGGACGGCUCCGAGGCGCUGGGCACAGGUGUCCUGGAACCCUGAUGGCAAACUUCAAGGGCCACGCGCUCCCAGGGAGUUUCUUCUUAAUAGUUGGACUGUGGUGGUCAGUGAAGUACCCACUGAAGUACUUCCAGCAAAAGCAGAAAAACAGCCGACUGCAGCAUUAUCAUCAGCGUCUUGAGAUCAUUGAAGCAGCAGUCAGGACUUUGUUUUCAGUCAUUGGGAUACUAGCAGAGCAGUUUGUUCCAGAUGGACCCCACUUCCACCUAUACCAUGAAAACCACUGGAUAAAGUUAAUGAACUGGCAGCACAGCACAAUGUACCUAUUCUUUGCAGUCUCAGGAAUCGCUGACAUGCUCACCUAUCUGGUCACCCAUGUUCCCUUGGGGAUGGACAGAUUGCUUAUGGCUGUGGCAAUAUUCACUGAAGGUUUUCUCUUCUACUACCACGUCCAUAACCGACCACCACUGGACCAGCACAUCCACUUGCUCCUGGUGUUCGGUUUAUUUGCAGGGGGUGUCAGUGUCUUCCUAGAGGUGAUCUUCCGAGACAAUAUUGUGCUGGAACUUUUCCGAACCACCCUCGUUAUUCUUCAGGGAACCUGGUUCUGGCAGAUUGGGUUUGUGCUGUUCCCACCUUUUGGAACACCUCAAUGGGACCAGGACGAUGAGACAAACAUCAUGUUCAUCACCAUGUGCUUCUGCUGGCACUACCUGGUUGCCCUCUGCAUCGUGGCCACCAACUACUCUCUUGUCUACUGCCUUUUGACUCGGAUGAAGAGACACGGAGAAGGAGAGAUCAUUGGGAUUCAGAAGCUGAAGUCGGAUCACACUUACCAGACCGCCCUCCUGAGUGGCUCGGAUGAGGAAUGAGACUGGGCAGAGGGUGGACGUCCUCACACGGCUCGGGUGAAAGAACGUCACCCCUCCGCUUCAGUGCUUGCUGGCGUCUGCUCUGAAGGGUCUACAUUUCCACAUCCUCAUUUAACACAAGGCUGAAGGUUCUAGUCAGGAAAUUGGGCCUUCAGUGUUGUGUAUAUCUUGCUAUUUGGAUUUUUAAACAUAAUUUAAAGUCUAUGUUGCUGUAGUAUCUUUCAUAAAGAAAAAUGAAGUAAUACCCAUAGGCAGCAAGCCUUUGUGUCUCCAGUGAGAAAUCAGAGACUCUCAUAGCUUUAGAGCAGGAAAGGCCCUCAUGGAUGAGGCCAGGCUAUGGACCCGGCAGGAAAACUUACUGCUUUUGAUAGCCUCCC